AGUUAGGUACUUUUGUCAAUAAUGGGUAAUAAAAGCUGAUAAACCUCAGCAAAGUGAGGUUAUAAGAUGUCACGUCGGAUCAAUUUUGACGAAACAUGGGGCAGAUUGUCGGACACCGUGCAGAAGGUCAUCACGGCUGCUCCACUACCACGGCCUGUGUGGAAUGACAAGUUCUCAGAUAUUUAUUCGCUUUGCAUCGCAUACCCUGAAGCACUUGGUGAAUCUUUGUAUAAAGAAACUAAAACAUUUUUAACUUCCCAUGUUCAACAUUUGUGUAAGGAUGUUUGUGCUCGUGAAACUGACUUAUUGUCAAGCUAUGCAAAGCACUGGAAAACAUACAGUCAAGGAGCGAUGUACUUGAACCUACUAUACCACCAUUUCAACCACCAGUAUGUACGGAAGUCCAAACAGAGUGAUGUAGAUAUCGAAUAUGGUUUUGUUGUAGAUGACAAGGAACAAAUGCUCGAGAUAAAAGAUCUUGCAAUGGAGGCAUGGAGAGAAGGAAUGUUGGAUCCUUUACAACACCGGUUGGUCUCCACCAUCCUCAGGGACAUAGCAAGGGACAGGGAAGGGAAAUUAGGUGGGGAGUCAGUACAUCAGGUUGCUUUGUACUCCUUGGUAGCUGUUGAACAGCAUAAGAAGAGAAAUGCAUUAAAGUAUUAUGAAGAUGUGUUUGAGAAAUUAUUCCUUCAAGAGACUGGUGACUUCUAUCGAGCAAAAGCUUUAGAGUUACGUGAUGAUUCUACUUGCUCGGAAUACAUGAACAAGAUCCUGAGCCUCCUCACAGAUGAAGAGAUGAGAAGCCGAAGGUUCCUCCAUAUUUCCUCUUACAAGAAGACAACGUUAGAAUGCCAGCAACGAGUUAUUAUCGACCACAUUAAAUUCCUACAAGCUGGUUGUCGACAAAUGAUACGACAUAACUCAGCCACUGACCUCCACCACAUGUACAUGCUGCUUAAAUCUGUUUCCAAUGGACUUACACAUAUGGUAUCAGAGUUGGAGGCGCACAUCAAGGAAACAGGUCUCGAUCUUGUCAAGGGAAUUAAGGAAGGAAACGUACCGUUACAAUUCGUUGAAACAAUUCUGGAAGUACACAAGCGUUUUCAUGACGUCAUACGUGACACAUUUCACUCGGACAAACUUUUUGUGUCAGCGCUCGACCGCGCAUGUACAGCCGUGGUCAACUACAGCGACCCCAAGCAGCAAUGCAGGGCACCGGAACUUGUUUGUAAAUACUGUGAUGCGAUCUUACGACGUUGUACAAAAGGUCCGAGUAACGACGCUGAUGAAAAACUUCAAAGCUCAAUCCUUGUGUUCCGAUAUAUUGAUGAAAAAGAUGUCUUUCAAAAAUUCUACAGUCGUGCGCUUGCAAGAAGGUUAAUUCACAGUCCAUGUGCAAUGGACAUGGAAGAAAUGAUGAUCAACCGCUUAAAGGGGGUAUGUGGGUACGACUUCACAUCCAAACUACACUGCAUGUUCACUGAUGUCAGGUUAAGCACAGAACUUGGGAAGAAAUAUCAAGAAACUGUGGCCAAGACGGAAGACUCAUCACAACCCAGUAUAAACGUUAAUGUGUUACAGGCAGGAGCGUGGCCACUCACUGCAAAUCAAGUCGAAUUUGUUCUCCCAGAAACUCUCCAUAGAUGUUUGAAACAAUUUGAAGAGUUUUACAACCACAAGUUUAACGGUCGUAACUUAAGUUGGUUGCAUCAUCUUUCACAAGCUGAAGUUCGUAUUAACUUUACAAGCAAACCUUAUUUGGUAUCCAUGUCAACCUACCAGCUUGCAAUCAUCCUUUUGUUCAACGAAUCCAUCGAACUAACUGUGUCCGAUAUUUCACAAAACACAAAGUUAAAAGACAAAGAUUUGGAACGAAACAUCGCUGCGUUAACUGAUGCAAAUAUAUUGUUGAAAACUACGCAAGAAAAGUUAGAGGACAUGAGCGUAAUUCGUGUAAACAACAAAUUCUCCAACAAACGAACCAAGUUUCGUGUUGCGUUCACCCAAACACAGAAGGAGCAAUCCACGGAGGUACAACAAACUCACACAGCUGUGGCGGAUGAUAGGAAGCUGUAUUUACAGGCAGCUAUCGUACGAAUAAUGAAGGCAAGGAAGGUGCUUCACCAUAACACGCUUAUGGAAGAAGUCAUCAACAAGUCUCGUAUUCGAUUUACGCCAAGUGUUAGCGCCAUCAAGCGGUCAAUAGAAGCACUUAUAGAGAAGAGUUAUAUCGAACGAUCACCUGACUCACCAGAUCAGUACAGAUACUUGGCUUGAAGUGAAAGCAUCCUAAGAAGCACAAUGCUUGUUGAAAGUGACGGAAAGCACCAAAGAUCCCACGACAUGAAACUUACUGUUUCCUGCAGUUGAAUACCUGGUGCUUGGUUGCAAGGAAUUUCACUUAAAAAGCUCAGAAACCUUAAACUUACUCAUACUUUCAUAUUGCACAAUAUCUCUAUCACCACCGAGUUUAUAAUACAAAGUAUCCACUAUAAUACACUACAGCAUCUCAGUUCGCUAAACAAUCUUCAAAAUCUUUCUUUAAGUUCCAUAUUGGUUGAAAUUAUUUAAAUUUAAAAACAAACCAGUCGCUCCGGGCGCUGUUUUAAUGUUUCUUCUCCUGCCAUUUAAACCACAACUUGCUUUUCAGUUUUCGUUAUAUUUGUUUGCUGGUAUAUUCGAAUUAAAUUAUAAACAUUUGCUCCA